AUGACAGGCUGCAGGCUGGACUACAUCGAGCUGCUUCAACAGGAAGUCAACAAGAACCCUGAUAGGUUGCAGGAUAUGGGGAGGAAGGAGGAGGAGCAGGAGGAGGCUCCUCCGCCCUGCAGGACACUCCCUCAGCUCUGCUCCAUCCCCAGGAACCUGAUCAUCUCCCCGGGCCUCGGAGGAAUCCCGGUAACCCCUCAGCUGACGGAGAGCCUGAGGAGGAUUUUGUUUGGUGGGACGUUUCACGUCUUCAACUACGAGUGGAGGAAAUCUUUCUUUCAGUUUAGAGAGCCAAACUCUGAGGUUUCCUACGCUCUGGAGACGGACCGGGUGAGCAACACCGGCUGAUAUAUACACAGAAAAUACUUAUAGUACAACAUCAAUACUACUUUCUACUGUGUCUCUCCGCCUCAA